CCUUGCUGCGAGUGCAGGGCAGGGCCGGGCUCGGCCUCCUCUGAGCGUCACUGUGACCUCUGGACUCUCUGGUCCACUGCUGGCGACACGAGGACGUCUCUGUUUCAGGAUCCUGUUGUUCUGCAGGUCGGCAGAGAUCCCAGGACCGGGUCCAGCCUGGCUUUGGACCUUCUGCAGGUUAACGUUUAAUCCGGGUUCUGGUUGGUGAAGGUUGAAGUCCGGCCGAAGCAGCUUUGCUUCCAGAGACGUUUGGGAACCGUUCUGUGUGUUCUUGGGUCUGCCUGAGCCCAGGUUCUGCCCAGGUUCUGCUGGGAUCAGCUGGACGGUGUGCAGGUGUACUGAAGUGGACCCGGGCCUGGUACCGUCCGGUUUCCUGGCCUCUAAGGAGCGCUAACUGGAGGAUUGUGGACUUGGCAGGGAUGGAGGCGGACGCAGCGCAGCAGGUCAGCUGCAACCUGCUGGAGGGCCGCUUCAAGCAGCUGCAAGAUGAACGUGAAGCGGUGCAGAAGAAGACCUUCACCAAGUGGGUCAACUCCCACCUGUCCAGAGUGUCCUGCCGGAUCACGGACCUCUACCUGGACCUGAGGGACGGCCGCAUGCUCAUCAAGCUGCUGGAGGUCCUUUCUGGAGAGAGACUGCCGAAGCCCACCAAGGGCCGGAUGCGAAUCCACUGCCUGGAGAACGUGGACAAGGCUCUGCAGUUCCUGAAGGAGCAGCGGGUUCACCUGGAGAACAUGGGAUCCCACGACAUCGUGGAUGGAAACCACCGACUGACUCUGGGGCUCAUCUGGACCAUUAUUCUGCGGUUCCAGAUUCAGGACAUCAGCGUGGAGACGGAGGACAACAAAGAGAAGCGAUCGGCCAAAGACGCCCUGCUGCUGUGGUGCCAGAUGAAGACGGCAGGGUAUUCCAACGUCAACAUCCACAACUUCACCACCAGCUGGAGAGACGGCAUGGCCUUCAACGCGCUCAUCCACAAACACAGACCUGAUCUGAUCGACUUUGAUAAGCUGAAGAAGUCCAACGCUCACUACAACCUGCAGAACGCCUUCAACCUGGCCGAGCAGCACCUGGGCCUCACCAAGCUGCUGGACCCAGAGGAUAUCAGCGUGGAUCAUCCUGACGAGAAGUCUGUCAUCACCUACGUGGUGACGUACUACCACUACUUCUCCAAGAUGAAGGCUCUGAAGGUGGAGGGCAAACGAAUCGGGAAGGUGUUGGAUAACGCCAUCGAGACCGAGAAGAUGAUCGAGAAGUACGAGUCUCUGGCUUCAGACCUGCUGGAGUGGAUUGAACAGACCAUCAUCAUCCUCAACAACAGAAAGUUCGCCAACUCUCUGGUGGGAGUUCAGCAGCAGCUACAGGCCUUCAACACGUACCGAACUGUGGAGAAACCUCCCAAGUUCACAGAGAAGGGGAACCUGGAGGUUCUACUAUUCACCAUCCAAAGUAAGAUGAGGGCCAACAACCAGAAGGUGUACAUGCCCCGGGAGGGAAAACUCAUCUCAGACAUCAACAAGGCCUGGGAACGGCUGGAGAAGGCAGAACAUGAGCGGGAGCUGGCUCUGAGGACGGAGCUGAUCCGACAGGAGAAACUAGAACAGUUGGCCAGACGCUUUGACCGCAAGGCGGCCAUGAGGGAGACCUGGCUCAGUGAAAACCAGAGGCUCGUGUCUCAGGACAACUUUGGCUUCGACCUUCAGGCUGUGGAGGCAGCCACCAAGAAGCACGAGGCCAUCGAGACAGACAUCGCGGCGUAUGAGGAACGCGUCCAAGCUGUGGUGUCUGUGGCGAAGGAACUAGAGGUGGAGCAUUACCACGACAUUAAACGCAUCACGGCCAGGAAGGACAAUGUGAUCCGGCUCUGGGAGUACCUGUUGGAGCUGCUGAAGGCUCGCAGGCAGAGACUGGAGAUGAACCUGGGCCUGCAGAGAGUCUUCCAGGAGAUGCUCUACAUCAUGGACUGGAUGGACGAGAUGAAGAUGUUGCUGCUGUCUCAGGAUUAUGGGAAGCAUUUGCUGGGCGUGGAAGACCUGCUGCAGAAGCACGCUCUGGUGGAAGCCGACAUCGCCAUCCAGGCCGACAGAGUGAAGGCCGUCAUCAACAACGCCAACAAGUACUCAGUGACUGACAGCGGCUACAAGCCCUGCGAUCCUCAGGUAAUCCAGGACCGGGUGGCUCACCUGGAGUUCUGCUACCAGGAGCUGACGCAGCUGGCCGCCGAGCGCCGCGCCCGCCUGGAGGAGUCUCGCCGACUGUGGAAGUUCUUCUGGGAGAUGGCAGAGGAAGAGGGCUGGAUCCGGGAGAAGGAGCAGAUCCUGUCCUCCAUGGAGCACGGUAAGGACCUGACGGGGGCGGUGCGGCUCCUGAGCCAGCAGCGGGCCCUGGAGGACGAGAUGAGCGGCCGGGCCGGACACCUGCAGCACACCGUGGCCGAGGGCCGGGCCAUGGUGGACGGCGGUCACUUCGGAGCCGCUAGAAUCCAGGAGCGGAUCUCAGACCUGCAGGCUCAAUGGGCGGCACUGGAGCGGCUGGCGGCGGCCAGAAAGAAGAGGCUGGAGGAAGCGCUGGCCAUGCACCAGUUCCAGGCCGACGCCGACGACGUGGACGCCUGGACGCUGGACGCUCUGCGCAUCGUCUCCAGCGGAGAGACGGGCCACGAUGAAUUCUCCACCCAGGCUCUGGUCAGGAAGCACAAGGACGCAGCAGCGGAGGUGGCCAGCUACCGUACGGUGAUCGACUCGCUGCACGAGCAGCUUUCCCUGCUGCCCAAAGAGGAGGCGGAGUCAGAGCAGGUGAAGGGCCGCUUAGCUGGUAUCGAGGAGCGCUACAAGGAAGUGUCCGAGCUGACGAAGCUGAGGAAGCAGGCGCUGCAGGAUGCUCUGGCCCUCUACAAAAUGAUCAGUGAGGCCAAUGCCUGUGAGGUUUGGAUCGACGACAAGGAGCAGUGGUUGAACAGCAUGGAGAUCCCUGAAAGACUGGAGGACCUGGAGGUGAUUCAGCACAGGUUUGAGAAUCUGGAGCCGGAGAUGAACAACCAGGCGUCCCGUGUUGCUGUGGUGAACCAGAUCGCCCGGCAGCUCAUUCACAGCGGCCAUCCGAGCGAGAAGGACAUCAAGACUCAGCAGGAUAAGCUGAACAACAGGUGGAGCCAGUUCAGAGACCUGGUGGACCAGAAGAAGGAGUCCCUGAACUCUGCUCUGGGUGUGCAGAACUAUCACCUGGAGUGCAAUGAGACCAAGUCGUGGAUCAAAGAAAAGACCAAACUCAUUGAGUCUACCCAGGAACUGGGCAACGACCUGACUGGCGUCAUGGCUCUGCAGAGGAAACUCACCGGCAUGGAGCGAGACUUGGUGGCCAUCGAAGACAAGCUGGGUGACCUGCGAGGUGAAGCCCAAAGGCUGGCCGAGGAGCACCCUGACCAGGCCAGAGCCAUCACAGACCGGCUGGCUGAGAUCACCGCUGUCUGGGACGAGAUGAAGAACACCCUGAAAACGCGAGAGGAGUCCCUCGGCGAGGCCAGGAAGCUGCAGCAGUUCCUGCGCGAGCUCGACGACUUCCAGUCCUGGCUGUCGCGCACGCAGACGGCCAUCGCGUCCGAAGACAUGCCCAACACGCUGUCUGAAGCCGAAAAGCUGAUGGCCCAACACGAAGGCAUCAAAAAUGAGGUCCAGAACUACGAGGAGGACUACCAGAAGAUGAGGGACAUGGGAGAGAUGGUGACGCAGGGCCAGGCGGACGCGCAGCACAUGUUCCUGCGCCAGCGGCUGCAGGCGCUCGACACCGGCUGGAACGAGCUGCACAAGAUGUGGGAGAACCGGCAGAACCUGCUGUCCCAGUCUCAUGCUUACCAGCUGUUCCUGAGGGACACCAAGCAGGCCGAGGCCUUCCUCAACAACCAGGAGUACGUUCUGGCUCACACAGAGAUGCCAACCACCCUGGAGGGCGCCGAGGCCGCCAUCAAGAAGCAGGAGGACUUCAUGACCACGAUGGACGCCAACGAGGAGAAGAUUAACGGAGUGUUGGAGGCGGGCAGGAGGCUGGCCAGUGAUGGGAACAUCAACGCUGAGCGCAUCAACGAGAAGGUGGUCUCCAUCGAUGACAGGCAUAGGAAGAACAGGGAGGCUGCGGUGGAGCUGCUGAUGAGACUGAAGGACAACCGUGAUCUUCAGAAGUUCCUGCAGGACUGUCAGGAGCUGUCUCUGUGGAUCAGUGAGAAGAUGCUGACGGCCCAGGACAUGACCUACGACGAGGCCCGGAAUCUGCACAGCAAGUGGCUGAAGCACCAGGCCUUCAUGGCUGAGCUGCAGUCCAACAAGGAGUGGCUGGACAAGAUCCAGAAGGACGGCAUGCUGCUGGUGUCAGAGAAGCCAGAGACGGAGGCUGUGGUGAAGGAGAAGCUGGAGUCGCUGCAUAGCUUGUGGGAGAAGCUGGAGUCCACCACGCAGACCAAAGCUCAGUGUCUGUUUGACGCCAACAAGGCCGAGCUGUUUACGCAGAGCUGUGCAGACCUGGACAAGUGGCUGGGCGGCCUGGAGGGCCAGAUUCAGUCUGACGACUACGGCAAAGAUCUGACAUCUGUCAACAUCCUCCUGAAGAAGCAGCAGAUGCUGGAGAACCAAGUGGAGGUACGUCAGAGGGAGGUGGUGGAGUUGCAGAGCCAUGUGAAGGCCCUUGGUCAGGAGGUGAAGGACACAGAUGAGGUGGAUGGGCGGAGGCAGGUGGUGGAGAAGAAGUUCCAGGAGCUGCUGGAGCCGCUGCGACGCCGCAGAGACUUCCUGGUGGCCUCUAGAGAAGUCCAUCAGUUCAACCGUGACGUGGAGGACGAGAUUCUCUGGGCUCAUGAAAGGAUGCCUGUGGCUGCAUCCACCGACCAUGGACACAACCUGCAGACGGUCCAGCUGCUUAUGAAGAAGAACCAGACGCUGCAGAAGGAGAUCCAGGGCCAUCAGCCUCGCAUCAAUGACAUCUUGGAGCGCAGCCAGAGCCUCCUGCAGGACAAGUCCUCCAACACUGAUGUGAUCCAGCAGCGUCUGGCUGAACUGCAGCAGCUGUGGAAGCAGCUGAUGGAGGAGGUGGAGCAGCGGCACGCUCGGCUGCAGGAGGCCCACAAAGCUCAGCAGUACUACUUCGACGCUGCCGAGGCCGAGGCCUGGAUGAGCGAGCAGGAGCUCUACAUGAUGUCAGAGGAGAAAGCCAAGGACGAGCAGAGCGCCGUCACUAUGCUGAAGAAGCAUCAGAUCAUGGAGCAGGCGGUGGAGGACUACGCAGAGACCGUCCACCAGCUGUCCAAGACCAGCCGGGGACUUGUGGCCGACGGACACCCUGAAAGCGAGCGCAUCAGCAUGCGGCAGUCCCAGGUGGACAAGCUGUACGCCGGCCUGAAGGACCUGUCUGAGGAGAGGCGAGGCAAGCUGGACGAGAGGCUCCGCCUCUUCCAGCUCAACAGGGAGGUGGACGACCUGGAGCAGUGGAUCGCUGAGCGGGAGGUGGUGGCCGGGUCGCACGAGCUGGGCCAGGACUACGAACACGUGACGAUGCUGCAGGAACGAUUCCGGGAGUUUGCGCGGGACACGGGGAACAUCGGGCAGGAGCGGGUGGACGGCGUGAACCGGCUGGCGGAUGAGCUGAUAAACGCCGGCCACGGCGACGCGGCCACCGUGGCGGAGUGGAAGGACGGCCUGAACGAGGCCUGGGCGGACCUGCUGGAGCUCAUCGACACGCGGACACAGAUCCUCGCCGCCUCCUUCGAGCUCCACAAGUUCUACCACGACGCCAAGGAGAUCCUGGGACGCAUCGCAGACAAGCAGAAGAAGCUGCCGGAGGAGGUGGGCCGGGAUCAGAACACGGUGGAGACGCUGCAGAGGAUGCACAACACCUUCGAACAUGACAUCCAGGCGCUGGGAACGCAGGUGAGGACGCUCCAGGAGGACGCCGCUCGCCUGCAGUCGGCGUACGCCGGAGACAAAGCCGACGACAUCCAGCGGCGGGAGGGCGAGGUGCUGGAAGCCUGGAGGAGCCUGCUGGAGGCCUGCGACGGACGCAGGAUCCGCCUCCUCGACACCGGAGACAAGUUCAGGUUCUUCAGCAUGGUGCGGGACCUGAUGCUCUGGAUGGACGACGUGAUCCGGCUCAUCGAAGCCCAGGAGAACCCCAGAGACGUGUCGUCGGUGGAGCUGCUGAUGAACAACCAUCAGGGCAUCAAGGCGGAGAUCGACGCCCGCAACGACAGCUUCACCGCCUGCAUCGAGCUGGGCAAGGCGCUGCUGGCCCGCAAGCACUUUGCUUCUGAGGAGAUCAAGGAGAAGCUGCUGCAGCUCACCGACAAAAGGAAGGAGAUGAUCGAUAAGUGGGAGGACCGCUGGGAGUGGCUCCGCCUCAUCCUGGAGGUGCACCAGUUCUCCCGGGACGCGGGCGUGGCCGAGGCCUGGCUGCUGGGCCAGGAGCCCUACCUGUCCAGCAGGGAGAUGGGGCAGAGCGUGGACGAGGUGGAGAAGCUCAUCAAGCGCCACGAGGCUUUCGAGAAGUCCGCCGCCACCUGGGAGGAGCGCUUCUCCGCCCUGGAGAGGCUGACCACGCUGGAGCUGCUGGAGGUGAGGAGGCAGCAGGAGGAGGAGGAGAGGAGGAGGAAGCCUCCGACCCCUGAGCCGGCUCUGGUCCAACAGGACGACGCUCAGCAGCAGAGCGCCAUUAACCACAACGGACUCCCGUCGGAUCAGGACCAGGACUCCCCUCAGGAUGCUGUGGAUGGCGGGACUCUGGUCAACGGGAUUGUUGAGCGCAGCUCCAAGGAGCCAAGCCCCGCCCACUCGCCGACCUCGGCCAGGAAGGCUAAAAACAGCCAGUCGUCCACUCUGCCCACCAAGAACCAGGACUCACCCUCGCUGCUCGAAGGCUUCCUGCACCGCAAACACGAGUGGGAGGGGCACAACAAGAAGGCCUCCAACAGGUCCUGGCACAAUGUGUACUGCGUCAUCAGCAACCAGGAAGUGGGCUUCUACAAGGACAGCAAGGCGGCGGGUCAGGGCGUGCCGUACCACGGCGAGCUGCCCGUCAGCCUGAAGGACGCCGCCUGUGACGUCGCCUCCGACUACAAGAAGAAGAAACACGUCUUCAAGCUCCGAGUCUCCGAUGGAAAUGAGUUCCUGUUCCAAGCCAAAGAUGAAGAGGAGAUGAGCACCUGGAUCCAGGCCAUCCUGAACGCCGCCACCGCCGCCGCCGAGCGCCCGGACCUCCAGGGCAGCAACCCCGGCACUCCAUCCACGGGGCGCGCUCAGACGCUACCGGCCACCGUGUCGCUCACCACCGAGUCCAGUCCCGGGAAGAGAGAGAAGGACAAGGAGAAGGAGAAGGAGAAGCGCUUCAGCCUGUUUAGCAAGAAGAAGCAGUAGAAGAAGAGCCACGAGGCGGCGCGCUGGUGGAACUGGACCCGGCGCUCCAAAGCAAAACGCAUCCUGACCCGCUUUGGAGCGCCGAUCCAUAUUCAGGUUCCGUCAGCUUUAAUGAGAUCCAAACUGCACAUCCAGAACUUCCCCGAUACCGUCAUUAAGUCUGACAUCACUUCCUCAGCUGUUCACCUCUGCUACAGAACCGACCCGUGACUGGGAUCCAGGACUUCCUGCAGAACACCUUCUGGAUCCCAAAGUGAGAUCCAGAAUUGGCUCUAGCAGAACUAGUCCCAGAGAAAUGUCCAGCUUUGGUUCUGCUGCAGAACCGACGCCAGACCAAGAUCCACACAGUUUUUUGUAAACCUGAUCUAACAGCAGGACAAAAAACGAUUCUGAUGCAGGACCCAAUGUAGAUCUAAAAACUGGUUCUUGCAGAAUUGAUCCCAGACCAGAACCUAAAAAUGGUUCUGCUGCAGAGCUGAUCCAAACUCGGAUGUAAAACUGGUUCUGCUGCAGAACCAAGCAGUGGCUGGAAUAUAAAACUGCUUUUGCUGUGAAACUAAUCUGAGUCUGGGCUCAGAAUCUGGUUCUAUCUGAGACCCGAUCAAACACUGGGAUCUAAAACUGGUUCUGAAACCAUCUCAGCAGCAGAACACAGCAGAACACUCUGAACAAUAGGAAUUAUUCCAGGUCCACUGAUCAGACAAAUCAGAACCAUGUUUACUAAACUUUAGCAACCAAUGAGCAACUGCUGCUGCUGCUGAUGUCACUGGUGAUGUCACAGUGACCGACCAAUUGGAGAGGUGGAUAACUGAUGAGGUUCUGGGGAACUGAAAGUUUCACCGCCGUCGGCCCAUGUUGUCGGUUCUGAAUGUUUCUGAUUCUGUUCUGUUGUCGUUUGUUUCUUCUCGCGGUCGGAGAGGCGCCGCUCUGCUCUCUGAUUGGUCAGAGCCGCGCCUCUUUCUGCCGGCCUCUGAUUGGUUGUUGUUUUUGGUUAAUGCUGACAAAAGGAGCACUUGGCCUUCCUGGUUCUGAUUUUCCUGAACUUAUUUUUGUAUUUUUGUUUUUUCCUCGGUUCUGAAGGGACGUUGCUGAGAAACUGGACCAACUUUUUACGGCUUCCGAGUUAAUCUUUUAUGUUGAGUGUAAAGAUGUUCACCUGCAUGCAUCACGUAAGCUCACCUGACCCGCAAGCUUCUUCUUCUUUGGUUCCGUCGCUCGCUCUGCGUCAGCGUAUCCGUAAUGUAGCGAACAUGUAUGGAAGUUCGUGGUUCUGCACAAUCCGAGCUGCAUCACUAGGAUUGACCUAUUUAAAGCUUUUCUCAUGUAUGAAGCUGCACCUGUUAAAGCUGCCAACUCAUUAAAGCUUUUAAACUAUGACCUCACUUCCUGUUCUGUGAUGUCAUUUCAUCACAUUUUGUUGAAUUCACUCAAAAACAUAUUUCCUUUUUUUAAGUUGUUUUAAUUCACAAUAAAGUUCUCUGAUUUUAUUCUA